CUGAGAGGAACACAUAUGUGCUUUGGUCAGUAAAGGCAUUGCCUUAGUUAUCUAGUGCUGCUAUAACAGAAAUACCACAAGUGGAUGGUUUCAACAAACAGAAAUAUAUUCUCUCACAGUUUAGAAGGCUAGAAGUCCAAAGUCAGAGUGCCAACUCCAAGGGAAGCCAUUCUGUCUCUGGAGGUUCUGGGGGGAAGGUCCUUGUCAUCAAUCGUCCCCUGGUCUAGGAGCUUUUCAGUGUGGGGAUCUUGGGUUCAAAGGAUGCACACUCCUGGCUCUUCUUGCUUAGUGGUAAUGAUGUCCCCCUCCUCUCUGCUUGAUUCUUUCUUUUAUAUCUCAGAAGAGAUUGACUGAAGAAAUAACCUAAUCCUGUAGAUUGAGUCCUGCCUCAUUAACAUAAAAAAGACUUGUUGAAAUGGAGUCAAUUUCAACUCAUAGCAACCAGAGGUAGGAUUUUCAACACACAGGAAAAUCACAUCAGAUGACAAAAUGGUGGACAAUCACACAAUACUGGAAAUCAUGGCCUAGCCAAGUAGAAACAUUUUUGGGGGACACAACUCAAUCCAUAACAGGUAUGUUCUGUCUUCCUAGUACACAUCUGGGUCAUUACAGAAGACUUGCCAAGACUUACCAAAACUCAGCUCUGUGCUGGCUCCAGUGAUUCAGUAAAGACUCAAUGGCGUCACCAAAAAUCUCAGAAAGUGGCUCUGUAUGGCGUGAGAACAGAGGAAGAGUAUUGGGAUUUCUGGAAAAGAAAGAUGGAUGUGACUCUUGAAUGGAAUUCAGCAAGAUGGAUAGAGCCCACAGAGGGUGGAACAGGGCACUGUGCCUCAUGGAAGUCCAGGAACUGCGUAAGGCCACCGUCGAGGUCCUUCAGGGAAGUCAUUCCUUGGAGUAUCCGGUCAAUCACAUUUCUCAUGCUGCCCAAAAUGUAUAAUAAGAUAUGGCAUCAGACUCAAGAAGCCCUCAAUUCUUUGCUUGACAAAGAGUCUCAGAAGAUAGACCCCCAUAAAAGUCAAGUUUUCAUCUUCCAAAUGUUAGCCACCUUCUACAUAAAAUACGUGCAGAUCUUCAGAAAGCUGGAGAAUGUCUAUGACCAGAUAGUCCAUCCACAGAAGCGAAUACUGAUCCGGAAAAUGCUGGAUGGGGUAAUGGGUCGCAUCCUGGAGCUGAAGAAUGAAAUGGUCGAAUUGGAAUUCACCGAGUUUCACUAUUUUGAUGACAUUUUACAGGACCUAAAGUUGGCUCCUCAACAAUUAGAUAUUCCCAUUCCCAGGUAUUUUUUGAAGGAGAAGUUGGAAGUAAUAAAAGGAAGAGAGAAAUUACUUGCUCAAAUACUAGCCGAGAGUGGAUUAGAUACAAUGAGCAUGAAAAGAAUCGUGAAGCCCUUCCCCCUGGACGAGGCUAUCAAGACCAUCCAAAUCUCCGAGCGGGCCCGGCAAGGCCGUCUGAGGGCCAUGUUCAUGAAGCAAAUCUACCUCCAAGAAUACAGAGUCAAGCAAAGCAAGCUGCUCAGCGACAGACUCCCAGACGUGGCAGCUGCUGCGCUGUGCAUUCAGAAGGUUUGGAGAGCCUUCCAUCAGACUAAGAAAACCGAACGAGAAAGAGAAGAAGAGAUGAUAUUCCUGGGUAUGAACCCACCGCCCCAGUUUAACCAAAUCAGUGCCACACUCAUCCAGGCCCAGAAGGUGAAUUCCGUGCGGAACGAAGUGCAGAUAAAGCACGAGGAGAGCUACAAGGACGCUAUGGUCACCAUCAAGAAUGACCUGAGGUUACUGGAGGGCCCAGACAUCAAGGAGAGCCUGCAAGACCAGAUCCGGCACUGGUUCAUCGAAUGCAGGAAUUUAACUGGCGCAUUUCCUGACUAUCCUAAAGUAGAAGAAGGAGGCUCGGCUCUUAUUUUUUCUAACAAGACCCCACAACAGGUGAUUGCCGAUAUCAUUGCAAGCCAAGAAGAGGAGGAAAAAAGCAAAAAGAAUAAAAAUAAAGAAAAGGAAAAGAAACCCAAGAAAGCCAAAAAAGAAAAGGAAAAGAAAGUAACAAAGGACAAGUCUAAGGAAGAAGAUGAGGGGUGGAAAAUGUCCCCGAGCCUUUUCCUUCACGGGAUGGAGGAAGGGAAUCACUUGUACCAAGAUAUCUGGAAGAACAAAGAUGAAUCUUGGAAUUUCCUCCAGGACUAUGAUCCAGAAUUGAUCAAAGAGGAGAAACGAAAAGAGUUAGAGUCAGAGAUCAGGGUGCAGGUUGAUGAGUUGAUGAGACAGGAACUAAAAAAUUUAAAACUCGCUGUGGACAGAGAAAAGGAAUUACCAGUCAAAGCAGGAAGGAAGAGAGGAGGUAAAAAGAAAAAGAAAGGGAAGAAAGGCAAAAAAGGGAAAAGGGGGAAGAAGGAUCGAGAUCUGACCGCUAACAGGAGCAUCGAGUCCCUGUACAAGGAGCUGGUGGAGGAGGGGCUGCUGAUCCAGGCGCUGAAGGUCAACCUUUCUGACUACAUCGGUGAGUACAGCUACCUGGGGACCACUCUUCGCCAGGUGUCCAUAGAACCCAUGCCUUCCCUCCUGGACGUCAGGCAGCUCAUCACGCUGUAUGGAGUCUUGCCAUUAGGUUCCCCGACAGUGCAUGAGAAGGCUCCUUUGGUGAAGUCCCUGCUGCUGGCAGGCCCCUCUGGGGUUGGGAAGAAAAUGCUGGUCCACGCCAUCUGCACCGAGACGGGAGCCAACCUCUUCAACCUGUCUGCGUCCAACAUCGCUGGGAAGUACCCCGGCCGGAGCGGCCUCCAGAUGAUGCUGCACGUUGUCUUCAAGGUGGCUCGGCAGCUCCAGCCAUCCGUGGUGUGGAUCGGGGAAACAGAAAAAACCUUCUACAAAAAGGUGCCUAGCAACGAAAAGAAGAUGGAACCUAAACGCCUGAAGAAACAGCUCCCCAGAAUCCUAAAGCUCCUGAAACCGGACGAUCGAGUCCUGAUCGUGGGGACGACACAGCGGCCUUUCGACGCAGAGCUUCAAUCUUUUUGCAAAGUUUACCAAAAAAUUAUUUUGGUUCCUAGGCCAGACUAUGCUUCCAGAUACGUUUUGUGGAAACACAUCAUCCAGCGAAACGGGGGAGUCGUGACAAAUGCUUUGAACAUAAGUUGCCUUGCAAAGGUGACCGAUGGCUUCACCCAGGGACACAUCGUCCAGGUGGUCAGAAGUGUGCUCACGGACCGAAGAAUCCGGCAGCAGAUACACAAGCCUCUGAGCGCCGUGGAGUUCAUUACGGCCAUAGCCAGCAUGGAUCCCGUGUACCAAGAAGAAGAGGAGAGCUUCAAGGACUGGUAUGCCAAAACUCCUCUGGGUAAAAAGCGAGCUUUGGCCCUGACAGGAGGUGAAGCAGAAAAGGAAAAGGAUAAAGGAAAAAAGAAAAAGGAGAAAAAGAAAAAGUAAUGCCUUCCUGAAGAACCAUCCUUGAGUCUCUCUCAGGGAGGGAGAUGGCCCCAACUUUCCAGAGAGAAGACUCACCAUCACAUGUCUGCAGACGCCCAAGGAGAAGACUCUUAGAAUGAGCGGUGUCGAGCUGACACCAGGAGCUCAUUAGCCUCUGCAUAUGUUCAAUCGUGCCUAUAGCAGGCUGGAUACCAGGCUGGUUGCCCAGGACAGCUGUUUCCAGAACCUGUCAUUUUUUCUUAGCUUACGUAAAGUUUGUAUGUAACCCACGUUUGCUCUUCACAUACUCA